ACCUCCGAAACCACCGUCCCUCUCACUUCCUCAUGGAUCUCCGACGUAGACUCCCUCCGAAACCGCCAUCUGCUACCGUCAUCAACCACCACCAGAAGGAUGUUACUAACGAUGAUGAUGAUCACAAUCGAUCAUCUUCCUCCAGAAAGAACGGUGUCGGUGUCAGUAUCAGUAUCGUCGAUCGAUCACCGUCUCCGGUUCCUAAAGCAUCGGAUGCACUGCCUCUUCCGCUCUACCUAACAAACGGCAUUUUCUUCACUUUGUUUUUCUGUGUUGCAUACUAUCUUCUUCACCGUUGGCGCGACAAGAUCCGGUCGUCUACGCCUCUUCAUGUAGUCACGCUCUCGGAACUGGCCGCCAUCGUCUCCCUCAUUGCCUCCUUCAUCUACCUCCUAGGGUUUUUCGGCAUCGAUUUCGUUCAAUCCUUCAUCACCAAUGCACGUGGUGAAGAAGACAACUUCGUUCUAGAGGGCGAAGUAGAACAAGAUUCUGAAACUAAACCUAGAAUUAUGGAUCCUGUACCUUCUAUUGUUCUUACGUCUAAAGAGGAUGAGGAGAUUGUGGAGUCUGUGGUUUGUGGAUCGGUUCCGUCGUAUUCUCUUGAAUCGAAGCUUGGGGACUGCCUUAGGGCUGCUUCGAUUCGACGGCAGGCGUUGGAGAGGACGACGGGGAGGUCGUUGUUAGGGUUGCCAUUGGAAGGAUUCGAUUACGAGUCGAUUUUAGGGCAGUGUUGCGAGAUGCCUGUUGGUUAUGUUCAGCUACCUGUGGGAAUCGCUGGCCCGUUGUUGCUGAAUGGCUGUGAGUAUAUGGUGCCUAUGGCAACGACGGAAGGGUGUUUGGUUGCGAGUACAAACAGGGGUUGUAAGGCUAUUUUUGCAUCCGGUGGAGCUACAGCGAUUCUGUUGAAAGAUGGGAUGACGAGAGCGCCUGUUGUUAGGUUUGAUACUGCGGAGAGGGCUUCACAACUUAAGUUCUUUCUGGAAGACCCUAUCAAUUUUGAUACUUUGAGCGUCAUUUUCAACAAAUCAAGCAGAUUUGCUAGGCUCCAGUAUAUUAAAUGCGCAAUUGCAGGGAAAAAUCUGUAUAUCAGAUUUACCUGCAGCACGGGUGAUGCAAUGGGAAUGAACAUGGUGUCCAAGGGUGUCCAAAAUGUGUUAAAUUUUCUUCAAAAUGAUUUCCCAGACAUGGAUGUGAUUGGUAUAUCUGGAAACUUUUGCUCGGAUAAAAAACCUGCUGCUGUUAAUUGGAUCGAGGGGCGUGGAAAAUCUGUUGUUUGCGAAGCAGUCAUCACUGAAGAGGUGGUUAAGAAGGUGCUGAAAACCACAGUGCCUGGCCUUGUAGAACUUAACAUGCUUAAGAACCUUACUGGUUCAGCUAUUGCUGGUUCUCUUGGUGGCUUCAAUGCCCAUGCCGCCAAUGUUGUAUCUKCAGUCUUUAUAGCCACUGGUCAGGAUCCAKCCCAAAACAUCGAGRGUUCUCACURCAUAACUAUGAUGGAAGYCGUYAAUAAUGGAAAAGACYUGCACAUCUCUGUUAYUAUGCCUUCAAUUGAGGUUGGUACRGUGGGAGGAGGGACGCAACUAGCGUCACAAUCCGCAUGCUUGAACCUGCUUGGAGCAAAGGGUGCAAGUUUUAAGUCACCAGGGUCAAAUGCUCGGCUGCUAGCAACCGUAGUGGCUGGUUCGGUGUUAGCCGGGGAGCUGUCUUUAAUGUCGGCCAUAGCAGCAGGUCAGCUGGUAAAGAGCCACAUGAAAUACAACAGAUCAACCAGGGAUAUGGCAGCAAUUGCAGGUUYAAAAUCAUAGUUAUAGAUAAGUGAAGCCUCCCUUUUUUCUGUUUUUGUUAAUUGUGUGUGUGUGUGUGUAUAAAAUUCAUUUGGGUUGUGAAGAGUUAUUUACAAAGUCAGGUAUUCUUUUGUGAGUCUUGGAUUAUUAUUUAUGGUUUACUUAGGAAAAACAAACAUCAUCAAUUGCUUUUUUCAUACCAAAAACAAUUGAAUCUAGAAAGUGCUUGAAACUCUAA